AAACACGUAAAUCAGUGAAGCUAAGUCGCCUUCUUCAUCCCCUUCUCCUUCCUCUCCUUCUCCAUUUCCCUUCUUCCAUUCCUAGAAAACCAGUAAAGCUCAAGCUAGAGAUCAUGGGGAGCAUGGAUGAGUACCCUUCCUCGCGAAAGCAGAGCCAUCAGCAGCAACAGAGCACAAUCCGAUCAAAACUAAAGCUUGUUCUCCUCCUCGUCUCCUCCAAUCUCCUCACCAUCUACCUCUUCUCUUCAAGUAGUCCCCUCAGCUUCCGUUGGUCGGAUCACGUCCCGGUGAUCCAUCUCUGGGACUCUCAAUCCCUCCUACGGGAACUCAACUCCACGCAACUCCGCCUCUCUCAAGCUCAGUCCCAGUUAUCCGAUCUUCGCCGCCGGCUCCUCACUUCCAACUCACUCCUCGAAACGCUCCUCACUGAGCUCGGCCGCAUCCGCGGCGGAGCUUCCAACUCCGACGAAGAGCUAUCCGGCGAGCUCAAACUCGCCGUGGGACCACACAAACUACCCCUCGGAUUCACCUCCCAGCUCGACACCGACGAGCUCUACCCCUCCCUCGGCGCCGCUUGCCGUCGCUUCCAAGACGAGCUUGCCCAAUACAUGAAUUACCCCAUCGGCGGCGAGUGCCCCGUCGACGACAUCUUCGCCCAACACCUAAUGCUCAAAGGCUGCGAACCUCUCCCUCGCCGGCGAUGCCAUCCCAAAUCCCCUUCCGGCUACAUCCCUCCCGCGCCCUUCCCUUCCAGCCUCUGGUCCAUCCCCCCCGACACCAGCAUCGUCUGGGAACCCUACACCUGCAAGAACUACAGUUGCCUCGUAAACAGAGGGAAAGCAAAAGGCUCUUACGAUUGCAAGGACUGUUUCGACCUCGCCGGCCGGGAAAAAACCCGCUGGCUCUUCGACAACGGCGGGCUAGAUUACAGCAUCGACAACGUCCUCUCGCUUCGCCCGCCCGGCACCAUCCGCAUCGGCCUCGACAUCGGCGGCGGAAGCGGCACCUUCGCCGCUCGAAUGAGGGAACGCAACAUCACCAUAGUCACCAGCUCGAUGAACUUCGACGGUCCGUUCAAUAGCUUCAUUGCAUCGAGAGGGCUUGUGCCUCUUCACAUCAGCGUUGCGAAUCGAUUGCCGUUCUUCGAUCACACGCUCGAUAUUGUUCAUUCGAUGCAUGUGUUGAGCAAUUGGAUUCCCGAUCUGGUUUUGGAGUUUGCUUUGUUCGACAUCUUUAGGGUUUUGAGGCCCGGGGGGUUGUUCUGGCUGGAUCAUUUCUUCUGCGUCGGGAAGGAGAUGAACUCGACCUACGUGCCGAUGUUCGACAGAAUAGGGUUCAGGAAGCUGAGAUGGGAUGCGGGGAGGAAGCUCGAUAGGGGGAUUGAGAAGAACGAGUGGUACUUGUCUGCUCUGCUUGAGAAGCCCAUGACAUGAGGAAGAGGAAGAGGAAGAGGAGAGGAAGAAGAAGAAGAAGAUGACAAUACUCUAUUUGAAUUUAUUUCCUUAAAAAAAAAAUUGUGUUAAGCAAAUUAUAUGAGAUGAAUUUGGAGAUUAUUGAGUUACUUUGAGAUUAGUGUAAUACAAAUUAUUUAUAUGAAAAAUUGAUCUCAAAAUAAAUUCGACGAUUUUCAAGCUUAUUUCGAUGCAAAUUAUGUCAGAAUAUUUUAACAAAUUUUACAUUAGCGAUUGCACGACAAAGGUGUUGUGCAUUUUCUUAGCAUUCUUAAGCGGUUGUAUUAGUAAUAGAUCUGAUGGUGGGACUGUGAUAUUAGGUG